AAAAAUACUUGGUUGAAAAAGAAAAAAAUUCAUCUUUACAUUUUAAUUGUUAUCAGUACACGAGGAUUUUCAUAUCCACCCGUUCUCCCUUCUUUACGACCUCCCCCCAUUCUCCGUUUCCCUUUUUUUCUCAUUUUUUUUUAAAUUUUUCAUCAUCUCUAAAAAAAACAAUUAUAAUAAUUUAACAAUACUUACAAUAAUGGGGUCUACAAAGUCUAUUAGGUAUGAAGUUCUCGUGUAUCCAACACCAUCCUCUUCCCCCGCUUUUAAAGAGCACCAACAUCAACCAUCAACCUCUCCCCUUUUGCCUAAUGAUGUUACUUCCUCCAAUCAUUCGGCUUCAGCAUUAUUUGAGACUAAAGUACAAAGGUUCGCGUGUGAUAGGGAAAACAUGCAACAAUAUUGGAUACCGGAAGGUUUUCACCCGGUUUUAAUUCCCCGUGCUUACCUUACAAAUAAUAGUCUUGUUAAUAACAAUAAUAAUAAUUCUAGACAACAAACUGGUGAUUUUAUUCAGUUAAGGUCAAGAAUUAAUAAUAAUGAUAAUAUUAAUGACAUUGAAUUAAGAAGAAGAAGAAGAAAUGCUAAUGAUAUUUUCUCUUCAUGUAAUAAUAAUGGUGGAAUUACAAAGAAAAAACGUCGUAGUGAUGUUAAUAGACGUAUUUUAAGUCAAUCUUCCCCAACUGUAAAUAUUAAUCAUCCCCUUAUAUAUAGACAAAAAGUUAAAGAAAGAAUUACCGCUAUUCGUAAUUCUGCUGUAAAAAUAUCUUCAAAUUCUAGUUUAAAAAAUAACAAUAGUAACAAUAUCAUCACUGACAAAAGUUCCCCUUCAAUUAUUAUUGGUCAAAUGUGGAAAGAUGAACCUGAAAAUAUUAAAAAACAUUAUGAAAGAUUAGCAAUUAGAAAGAAGAUCGCUCAAGUUUUGGCCUUUGAAAAAAAAUUUUCUUCUCUUAAUUCUGGUACACGUUCAACUACAAUUAAUUCACGUCGUCUCCACGUGAACCCUACUACUUGUUCUAAUCAUAAUACUGGUACUUCCUGCCGGUAUAACGUCCACAGUAAUGCUAUAAAAGGAGUGGAUGCUGUUGAUUGUGAUAACGUCGUUCAUCAUAAUGUUGAUAGUUCUUCCUCGCCAAACAAUUUUAAUGAUAGCAACAGACCUAUGCCGGAUUGGAUGACACGUUCCGACGAUGAAGAUGACGAGAAUAGUAGUGAUAUUGAUCUAGUUGCUUAUUAAAAAACCAUAACGAAACGAAAACGAAAACGUACCGCACGUGUUCAUUAGUAACAAUAUGAUAAAAAUAAAAAAAUAAAUACUUUAAUAGUAUUUUUUUUUCACGUUUCGAUUCUUAUUUCAUAACGAAGCAUUCAUCGAAAAAAAAAACAACGAAAACUUUUUUUUUUUACGCCAAACAUUUG